AUGAAGGAAAAGGUUUCGUGUCGUAUCAUUUUUGAAAUAAGUUUGGGAUCAACCACUGUAGAAAAAACGAUAGAAAAGUUGAAGGAUAUCUUCAGUAUCCAUGGGCUACCAGAACAAAUAGUGGUCGAUAAUGGGCCACAGUUCAUAGCGAAGGAGUUUAAGGAAUACUGUAGAAGAAGGAGUAUUGAAUUGGUUUUCAUCCCACCUUACCAUCACAAUUCUAACGGGGAGGCAGGAAGAUUCGUGAAGACUUUUAAGAAGGGUUAUUAUAAAGGACGGAAGGCCGGUAAGACGAACGACGUUGGAUUUGAUGAAGGCCCCUCGUACCUCGUUUGGACCCCCCAGAUGCGGCAGAUGAAGGAGCAAUAUUAUAAGAAGGCGAAGGAAAGGAAAUUUGAGGAGGGACAGCAGGUGCUGGCACAUGCGGACCAAGUUGAAGAGAAGGGUAACCUUUUGGAGGAGGAGAAGCCGCAUAGGGAGCGGAAAAAGGAUAAACUGGCAGUUGCCAUGGAACUUAGGCCAGAGGCAGGAGAAGAAAGUGCCAGAAAGGACUCACCGAGAAAGAAAUAUUACGAUGUUGAUGUUAAUUGUAUGGAUGUGCGCCAGUCAGAUAUGCGACCC